AACAUUUAGCUCCCUCAACCCUUCUCCUCUUCUCCCCAAAAAACCCAACAAGGGAGGGGGUGAAUAGAGGCAAUGGAGGGGGAGUUGAAAGGGGUAGUGAUCAUCUCUCUCCCUCCAAAAGAUGACCCAUCUCAAGGCAAAACCAUCACUGCCUUCACUUUCACCGACCCCAAUCCCUCACUCCCACGAGCCCAACAAGUGCAACAAGCUCAGAUCCAAGCCCAAGCCCAAGCCCAAGCCCAUCACGAUCUCCCCUCUUUCCUCCCAUCAAGGAGAACCUUAGCAGCCUUCGUGGGCUUCACCCUCAUCGUCUCCUCCCUCUUCAUCUGCCUCCUCUCUGAAGACCCACUUCAGUUGUUGCAAGAGGAGUCAUCUUCUUCUUCUAAUGAGAGGAAGAGGGAGGAGAACUCGUUUUGGCUUCCACUGUAUCCUAAAUCAAACGGGAAGAAGGAGAACGGGACUUCGUCGUUGAUGGUCAUGGGGGAUAUGAAGCUGGUUGUGAAGCGUAGUGGAAAAUUUGCUUCAGGUUCUUCGUCGUCGGCGGCUGUGCUGCCGCUGAGGGGCAAUAUUUUCCCAGAUGGACAGUAUUACACUUCAAUUUUUAUUGGGAAUCCUCCCCGCCCUUAUUUUCUUGACGUGGAUACUGGGAGUGAUCUGACAUGGAUACAAUGUGAUGCUCCAUGCACCAGCUGCGCUAAGGGGCCUCAUCCACUCUACAAGCCAACCAAAGGGAAAAUAGUUCAGCCAAGGGACUCAUUGUGCCAGGAAGUUCAGCGUAACUUGAACAGUAAAUAUUGUGAUUCCUGCCAGCAAUGUGAUUAUGAAAUAGAAUAUGCGGAUCAUAGCUCCUCUAUGGGUGUACUUGCACAAGAUGAUAUGCAUCUUGUCAUAGCAAAUGGUGACAGGGCAAGAUUUAAUUUUGCCUUUGGGUGUGCAUAUGAUCAACAAGGUCAACUUCUUGCUUCUCCUGCAAAAACUGAUGGGAUCCUUGGACUUAGCAAUUCUAAAGUUAGCCUCCCUUCUCAAUUGGCAAAUCAAGGAAUCACCAAUAAUGUUGUUGGUCAUUGUAUUACGAGUGAAGCAGAUGGUGGUGGGUAUUUGUUCUUUGGUGAUGACUUUGUACCACGCUGGGGUAUGACUUGGGUUCCUACAGUUGGCAGCCUUAUAAACUACUACCAAACAGUGGUUCUCAAAUUAAGCUAUGGAGACAAACAAAUCAAUCAAGCAAGAAAGGGUGCCAAUGUGCGUCGAGUAGUGUUUGAUACUGGCAGCUCCUAUACAUACUUCCCAAAUGACGAAUAUGCCAAUUUAAUUUUGCAGCUUGCUUCUGUCUCUAACAAUCUUAAUCGAGACCAUUCAGAUGAGACUUUUCCAGUAUGCUGGAGAGCUGGUUAUCAACUCAGAUCUGUGAAGGACGUCGAGCAGUUCUUUCCGCCUUUAACUCUGCAAUUUGGAAACAGAUGGCUGAUAAUGUCCACAAAGUUCACUAUCGCUCCGGAAGGUUAUUUAAUAAUAAGUAGUAAAGGUAAUGUAUGCUUAGGAAUACUCAACGGAAGUGAUGUACACGAUGGAUCUGCAAUUAUUCUAGGAGACAUUUCGCUGCGUGGGAAGUUGAUUGUGUAUGAUAACAUGGCAGAAAAGAUUGGGUGGACUUCAUCCAACUGUGUUAAGCCUCAGAGAAGACCCAAGGACUUCCCCUUCUUCUUCUAGUGAGGACCAUGCAUUUUGAAGCACGGCUAAGGGUGUUCAUAUUAUGUUUAUAAUCAUAGUCACUCAAAAAUAUGCAUGUUCCUUGAGUUCCACCACCUUAAUGGAUCAUUAUCUUUAUUAUUUUUGUAUCUUCUCAUUCGAUAUGAAUCCAGAUCUCUUGCAUGUUAGCUAAGGGGCUACUCUAUACAGUGUUAUAUUAAUAAUCAAAACUCUCAGUUGCAGUCUGGGACAAUUGCAAGCUUAUGUAUUACUGAUGUCUGCUCCUGUUAUUUAUAGGCAAAGUUCGUUUGUAUUGAAUAUAUAAAGAUAUCAGAUACUCUGAAGGGGGAAUAUAUAUUUUUUGUUUGUAUGGGGGCCAACA